CAAUCUUCAAAACCGAAACAAAUUGUCAGAAACAAAUGGCCAUAGUGAGGACUAAAGCUCCCUCUCCAAGUCCUAUUUAUAUGAAAUCCUCAAAGAUCCCUCUCCUCAUAAAAAAACCCAACUCAAAAUCUUCUCUUCUACUAUACCUUCCUAUUUCCUUUGUUUAUCAGCUAAAAUAUCAGAGCUAGCUAAAAUGAGUGUGGAGAUAUUGGAUAGUGCUACCAUUGUCAACUUCGUUGAAGAUGAUGUAGCUUUUGGUGCAUUCAUAAGAGAUCGUUUUGCUCACCUAGAUACCAACCGUGAUGGUCUCCUUUCCUACAGUGAGAUGUUGGAGGAGUUGCAUACCCUCAGGGUUUUCGAGACCCAUUUUGGAAUUGAUGUGAAGCCUGAUCCGGAUGAGCUUUCUUCUGUCUAUAGUUCUCUGUUUUUGCAGUUUGAUCGUGACUCAAGUGGAACAGUUGAUCUGGAUGAGUUUAGGGCUGAGACCAAAAGGAUGAUGUUAGCUAUGGCUAAUGGGAUGGGAUUCUUACCUGUUCAGAUGGUGCUUGAAGAGGGAAGCUUCUUGAUGAAGGCUGUUGAGAGGGAAACCGCAAUAACGGCCGCUUGAUCAUUCUGACUGCUCUCAUAAUGAAUUACUGAAAUAAUUUACCUUUUUCUUGCUGUAUUAGUAAAUUCAAGAAUCAAUUCAGAAGAGUGUGGUUUUUCUCAACUGAAAUAAAACAUAUUGUUUUGCUUUUUCAA